UUUGUGGGACCUGCGGGGCACACGCAGUGGCGAGUCGAGUAGAGUCCGUUAACGUGAGCGGUCGUGGAUUCGCUUACAGCACACGACUUAUCACAUAUUUUUUGUGAAGAAAAAAUAUAUAAAAAAAAAACAAAAAAAAAUAUUAAAAAAUACAAAAACUCAACAAAAAAAUUGUAAAAAGUAGCAAAAAAUUCGAGCAAGUGUUUGAAAGUAGACCCGAUCACCAAAUAUGGCUUCUCUAUACGUCGGUGAUCUCCACCAGGAUAUCAACGAAUCGAAUCUUUUCGACAAGUUCUCGAGCGCUGGUCCAGUACUGUCCAUUCGUGUCUGCCGCGAUGUGAUGAGCCGUCGCUCUCUGGGUUAUGCCUACGUCAACUUCCAGCAGCCAGCCGAUGCUGAGCGCGCUCUGGAUACCAUGAACUUUGACCUGCUCCGCAACAAACCCAUUCGCAUUAUGUGGUCUCAGCGUGAUCCUUCGCUGCGCCGCUCCGGCGUCGGCAACGUCUUCAUCAAGAACUUGGACAAGACCAUCGAUAACAAGGCCAUCUACGACACUUUCUCCGCCUUCGGCAACAUCCUCAGCUGCAAAGUGGCCACCGAUGAGAAGGCCAAUUCCAAAGGCUAUGGUUUCGUACAUUUCGAGACCGAGGAGGCCGCCAAUACCUCCAUCGACAAAGUCAACGGUAUGUUGCUCAAUGGCAAGAAGGUAUACGUUGGCAAGUUCAUUCCCCGCAAGGAGCGCGAGAAGGAGCUGGGCGAGAAGGCCAAGCUCUUCACCAACGUCUAUGUGAAGAACUUCACUGAGGACUUUGAUGACGAGAAGCUCAAGGAGUUCUUUGAGCCAUACGGCAAGAUCACCAGCUACAAGGUCAUGUCCAAGGAGGAUGGCAAGAGCAAGGGCUUCGGCUUCGUGGCCUUUGAGACAACAGAGGCUGCCGAGGCUGCCGUUCAGGCCCUCAAUGGCAAGGAUAUGGGCGAGGGCAAGUCCCUUUAUGUCGCCCGUGCCCAGAAGAAGGCCGAGCGCCAGCAGGAGCUGAAACGCAAAUUCGAGGAACUGAAGAAGAAGCGCCACGAUUCGGCGUUCGGCGUUAACUUGUACGUUAAGAACUUGGAUGACUCCAUCGAUGAUGAGCGCCUGUGCAAGGAGUUCUCCCCGUACGGUACCAUCACCUCCGCCAAGGUGAUGACCGACGAAGAGGGUCGCUCCAAGGGAUUCGGUUUCGUGUGCUUUAUUUCGGCCAAUGAGGCUACCUGCGCUGUUACUGAACUGAACGGUCGCGUCGUUGGCAGCAAGCCACUGUACGUGGCAUUGGCUCAGCGCAAGGAGGAGCGCAAGGCCCACUUGGCCUCUCAGUAUAUGCGUCACAUGACCGGUAUGCGUAUGCAGCAGCUGGGCCAGAUCUUCCCGCCCAAUGCUGCCGGCGGUUUCUUUGUGCCGACCAUGCCGCCCAACCAACGAUUCUUCGGUCCCCAGAUGACCACACCCAUGAGGAAUACCCCACGGUGGGCGACACCAGUUCGUCCCGCUGCCACGGUGCAAAGUGUGCAGGCCGGCGCUGCCGCCGCCGCUGCUGGUGGCUUCCAGGGCGCAGCCGGUGCGGUGCCAACACAGUUCCGCUCGGCUGCGGCCGGUGCCCGUGGUGGGCAGUCCCAGCAGGUGCAGGGCACGCACGCCGCCGCUGCCGCCGCGGCUAAUAACAUGCGCAACACUGGCGCCCGUGCCAUUACCGGUCAGCAGACCGUCGCGGCACCCAACAUGCAAAUCGCCGGAGCCCAAAUCGCUGGUGGUGCCCAGCAACGUGCUUCCAACUACAAGUACACCUCCAACAUGCGCAACCCUCCAGUUCAGCAGAUGCCCCAGGCUCAGCCUAUGCCUCCGCAGCUGCAAGGCAAAAAUUCCGAGAAGCUUAUUGCUUCGCUUCUGGCUAAUGCCAAGCCACAGGAGCAGAAGCAGAUCCUCGGAGAGCGCCUGUACCCGAUGAUCGAGCGCAUGCAUCCCAGUCUGGCCGGCAAGAUCACUGGCAUGUUGCUGGAGAUCGAGAACUCCGAGCUCCUGCACAUGAUUGAGGAUCAGGAGGCCCUCAAGGCCAAGGUCGAGGAGGCGGUGGCCGUGCUGCAAGUGCACCGUGUCGCCGAGCCUGCCAAUUAAGCACGCUCGAACAAUAUAAAGCGGAUGAAGAAUUUUGUAUGAACACUCGACACCCAAAAAUUUUCCUCUUCACUUCCAAUUCAUUAACUAAUUCGCAUUCACUGAAGCGCUAGAGCAUAGAAGAACCGCCUAGGACACACAUAUAUAUAUAUAAUAUAUUCAACACAGAGAAGAAACAAGCCAUUUGAAGAAGGUGCACUUUGAGCCCUUGAGCUCCGGCGUUUUUCUAUUCAAAUCAAAUCCCCCCAAGAAACAAGCAAAAAAUCAAUUUCAAUCAUUUAACUUCGAACGCAUUUACGCAAAUACACGAGGAAAUCAAGAGGAAAGUCAAACAGAUCAGAUACCCAGAUCAGACAGAAAACUAUUCAAGAAUUCUUUUUAUACAUAUACAACACAUGAAACGAAAAAUGUGCAAAUGCGAAUUUAAGAAAUAUUUUUUGUCAUUGCUUGAAUUGAAAUCAUUUUAUUUUGUAUGCGUAAAAGAGAAAAAAAUGCAAAAACCAUCGCAAAAUAAACAGAAUGUAAAACGCCGCUUCAAUGCUAUAUAAUUGAAACAGAAAUUGUCUCUUUAAAAAAAAAUGUCAAGUUUCUUAUAAAACACACUUUCCAUCCCCACUUUUUAAAAAACCCAAAAGGAGAGAAACACCACGAUCGAAAUGUAAUUUUUUCAAAUUCUUUUUUCACAUUCAAACUUUAAGAAAGCUUUGUUUUAAAAACAGAGAAAAAGAGAAAGAAACGCGACAACCACACUUUUAAAAAAGCAAAGAAAAGAAAAAACAAAAAAAUUGCAAAAAUGUCAAAAUAACGAAAAAAUGAGAAAAUAAAAACCGCAAGAAGAGAAGGGAAAAAAUAAAAGAAAAUAAACCGCAAGAAUAUGAGAGUCAAGUUUUUGCUACUUUGAAGAAAAGAAAGAAAAUACAACAGCUGAUAGAUGAAGAAGAAGAAGAAAAUGUUGAAAAAUGUAAACAAAAAAACAAAUGAUGAAAAAAACCUACAAAAAAAUUGAAAAACAAUGUAAAAACAAUGCAAAAAAAUAAAUAUAUAUACAACAACAAAAACACAACACACACACACAACAUAUUACAACAAAAAACAACAACAUAUAUGAAACAACAAAUACAAGAAAAAGAAAAACAUUAAACAAGUAAAAAAAAUAAGCGCUAAAGCGUAAAACAACUUAUGAAACAUAUUGAAGAGAGGAGAGAAGUGUAGACGACGACUGGAGGGAAAAUCAAGCAGGAUUUUUUAUGUUUAUUAUUAUCCAAGCAAAUGGAAAUGAAGAAAUUCACCAUAUAAUUAUAACAAUUUGCAUAAAAAACAAAAAAUGUAUUUAAAUGAGAAGAACACACACGUCGAAAGCGAACGCGUCGAUUUAAUUUGCGUUCAGAGACUAACUUCUGUUACAAAAUGAGAAUCAAGAAUAUUACAAUAAUAAAUGUUUUUACACCAAGCAUACGAUAUAUUAAAAAAAAAAACAAACAAGCUGAAGAGCAGAAGAUGAUAGGCCGCCUUCGAAAAUAAAAAGCCUCCAAGCGUCGGCCGGGAAGUGAAAUUCAUAUUUUUUUAUUAAACAAAAAACAAAAAAACUAAAAACAAAUACAAAAAAAUCUUUGAAAAAAUUGUAAAACCAACAACCAUAAAAUAUAUAAAAGAAAACUAAACUAAACCCGAAUUGGAAUAUUCAUGGAUAAUUGCCAGAAAUUGAAGAUCAUUUUUAUUUUUCACGAAACAUACUAUCAAACACUUCUAUCAAAACACUUCUAUAUAUAUAUAGCAGAUAUAUAUGUACACUUAUAUAUAUUACAGCGAUAUAAAACAUAAUUUGUAUGAUUAAAUGAAAGAAUUAGGAUCGUUGAGCCACUGCAAUUAAAACCAUUUGAAGAAAUUGUAAUACAAAAUCAGAGAAAAUCAGUAAAACAUACCUUUGUACACCCAACAAAUUUAAUUACAAUAAAAUUCCACUUCGGCAAAAA